CGUCACACUGUCAUUAACGGGCUCUGAUAACCAACAAAAUGAAAUUCAUCGUAGUUCUCGCCGUCUUCGUCGCCUGGGCCAGCGCUGACGUGUCCCACGUCGCCUCACCCGACUACAUUGUGCCCAUCGUCAGGUCAUCCUUCGAGAGCAACCCCGAUGGCAGCAGCUUCAACUACGCCUAUGAAACCGGCAACGGAAUCAUCUCUCAAACCGACGGUGUCGUCAAGAACCCUAACACCGAGGACGCUUCUCUCGAAGUUAAGGGAAACGUGAGGUACACAGCGCCUGACGGCACCCCCGUGGAAUUCACCUACGUGGCCAACAAAGAAGGUUUCCAACCUGUCGGAAGCCACGUUCCCCAAAUCCCUGAGUUGAUCCUCCGUGCUCAACAAUACAUCGCCAGCCACCCACCCCAAGUCAAGAAAGCCUAAACCCUAGCUUACCCUACAACAUCGCAAACCUGAAGAAAUAAAACAGUUCUAUCACCAUGUUACUUGUUUUCAUCCAACUGUACAAAUAGGGAUGAAGUGUUCUAAUAAAGUCUGAAUAAGUU